AUGCAGCGCCAUCAUUGCCCUCAUAAAUCCACAAGGAUUUAUGAUACUGGAGGACAACCUUCCCUCAUGACGGAAUACGAGGACAAAUAUCUCCAGUAUGGCAAUGUCCCUCCACGCCAGAGUCUUAAGCCAAAGGAGGAGUACCACGCACAUCAUGGAAGAAUGGAAGGAAUCACUACAUUUAAGUCUGAUUAUCUUCCAUACGAUGUUGUAAAUCGACCUCUUCGGGUACAAGAAGAGUAUAAACCAAAACCCGGAGAGAUUGAUCUUGGAACUACAUACAGGAGAGAUUAUAAUCCUCAUAAAAUACAACCAGUGACAUUAGUAAGACCUUUAGAAAGAAAACACAUUAAGGGAGGAAAAUUAGACACCAUACCAACCUAUCAAGAUGACUAUAGAUCAUGGGAAGUUCAAAGAAGGGAGCCAAAUAAAUUGGACCACACCUAUCAUCCUCCUACAGAAAAGUUUGGGAAUUCUACUACAUUUCAAGAUGACUUUGUUCCUAGGGAGCUGAACCCCAGACAAAGCUUUAAGCCUCUAGGUGUGGCCAAACUUUCAGAUGUACCUUUUGAUGGUGUUACUAAUCAUCGCAGUUCUUACAUCACUCAUCAACUGGAACCAAAAUUUGUAAGACCAAAGGAAGAAUACAAGCCAAGCAGCCAACCCUUUGAAGAUCUCACAACCCACCGGAAUGAUUUUAAAGGGCUACUUGGAGAGUUUACAAAAAGCUGCAAGCCUGAAUACACUAAAGUUGGGUCUAAUGGUCACUUUGAUGGAUGCACUGAAUUCCAGGAUCGUUUUCAACCAUGGUCAGUCUCCUUGCCUGAGGCUCGCAAGAUAAGAGAUUAUGUUCCUCCUCCAGGUAAUAUGGAUUUACACUCCACAAGCCAUCUUGAUUAUGUUCCGCACGUGAUCUGUCCUGUUGCCCCCAUAAGACCAGUUUCUUAUGGAAGAAGAAGUAAGGUCCCUUUCCAGGGGAACACCACAAUGAAGGAAGACUUUCAAGCUUGGGCCAGCUGUCGGCAAGAAAUUAUUAAAAGACAUCAGGAAAUUCCAAAACCUACUGGAAAAUUUGAUGGAUUGACCACAUUCAAGUCUCACUAUAUACCACAUGAGAUAAUUCCAGUUCAGAGUUUCAAACCUCUGCGUGUUGUAGUCCCUAGUUCAGCUCGUUUUGAAGAUGGAACCAUGUAUCGUACAGAGUAUACUCCAAAGAAACAAGAGAUCUGCCCAGCAAACUAUCCAUCUCCUCCAGGAUACGUCUUUGUAAACACAGAUUCUCGUGGUCACAAGUUCUUCCGCAGAGUUAUUCCAGAAAUCAAUACAUUUUCCCAGUCAAAUGGUAAUCAUAUUCCAAAAGAAGUAGCUGUUACUUCAUAA